UGAGAAGCCGGAGCGGGGUUCCCACGAUCUGAGUUUGUUCGGCGUUUGGCGGACGGUGAGCUCGUCGCGGAGAGCGUCUGCCAGCACCUUUACACCAUAUCACGGAUGGCCUCCAGAAUCGCUACAACUUCGCUGAGGGCAGCAGCGUCGAAGGUGCGGCCCCAAGUGGUCGCUGCCAUUCCGCGGGCAAUCGUUGCCCGUGGUAUGGCCAGCUCGUCGAACCCUCCCCCCGCUGAAAAGGCAUCCGAACUCAUCAACAAGAUGCCCUCCUCGGCCGGCCUCGUCACGAAGACCGGCUCGGUCGUGCUCGGCACGGGUCUGCUCGCGACUGCCAUCUCGCAGGAGCUCUACGUCGUGAACGAGGAGACUGUCAUUGCUGCUGGCUUCUUCGUCCUCCUGACGUUCAUCGCUAAGAGCAUCCGGGAGCCGUACCGUGACUGGGCGGAGGGUCACAUCCAGCGCAUCAAGGGCAUUCUUGACUCGUCGCGCGCUGAGCACACACAGGCCGUCAAGGACCGCAUCGUCUCUGUUGAGCAGAUGAAGGAUGUUGUGUCUAUCACCGAGAGUCUCUUCGCUCUUUCCAAGGAGACCGCGAAGCUUGAAGCGGAGGCGUUCGUUCAGCAGCAGAAUGUUGCGCUCGCAUCGGAGGUGAAGGCCGUCCUUGACAGCUGGGUGCGCUUCGAGCAGCAGGAGAAGGAGAACGAGCAGGCUGAACUCACGAAGACCGUCAUUGCCAACGUGCUCAAGAGCCUCAACGACGAGAAGGUGCAGAAGGAGAUCCUGACGAACGCUGUUGCGGAGAUCGACCAGCUCGUCAAGAACAAUGCUAUCUAGAGUAGUAAACGUCUGUAGCUUUGCAAUUGACGAUUAAAUAAAUUGCAAUGCACUGAUUAGCCGUC